GGCCUGUAAUAAAUGUGCCUGGUUUGGUUUUUUAGUGACAAUAUCUGGGAUUUUGGAGCUUUAACUUAUGUAUGGUGCAAGUUUAUGUUCCCAUAUAAACCACCAUCGAAUGGAUUGUAUCCUUACUACCGAAAUUGUUUCAUGCAUGAUUAUCGGAUAAACUUCUUCUGCUAUGAUCCCGGAAAUCAUACAUUAACACGCAACACAUUCGUAGUCGGCUACUGGGACAACGAUUGGGUGUUCUGGACAUUUACCCCCAACACGGAUCUCAUCCAGCCAUAUAAAUGCUGCCAAACGCCACCGGGAUACUACAUUGACUACGUGUCAUGCUACUAUAUUCCGACUCACGAUUUAUACUGGGAGUAUUACGAUGGGAACUACUUCCUGGUGAACUGCGCUACUGGCUAUGUGGUAACGGGUACCGCCGCCAAAUUCAACCCAAUCCAUCAAGAGUACCGCAUCGACUGGGUCCAGUGCUGCCGCCUGGGAUACGGCGCCGUGACCGCUCUGCCACCGCCCGUCAUCCAGCGGCCAGGCAAGCCCCCGGCCUACGUAGCAUCACACAACACCGUGCAGACGGAUAUUCCGCAGGCCUACCAGCAUCAGUACCGGCGCCGGAAACGCUCCGCCCUACCCACCGAAUCCAACAGCAUUGCGAUCGGCAACCAGACGGUCUUCGCUGAAGAUCCUCUGCCGGCGGAUCACAUACACAAUCUCCGGGCGCAGGAGAGCCAACGACAUUGGGAGAACGCGGAAUUCUUCCACAGUGGAUCACACCAUAUGCAUCCGGAUAAACCGUACAGCGGACGGGUUAGCGAUUACGAUCUGCCGGGUCAUCAUUUUGUUAACACGGAAAUUCCCUUCUUUCAUCCAGACGUGCUCAAUUCGCAUGCUUAAUGAUCGUCGUACAUUGUACAGGUGGAAUUUCACGGUAGUAAUAAUAUUAUGACUUUCCAGUGUAUGGCUCAUGCUUAUAAUUGUUAGCUUUAAAGGAAAACGCUGUACUUAUUUGUGAUACUGUUGAAGCUGUUGACAAAGUUAUUGUUAAGAGACUUUGGUAUGUCAAGUGCCAAAAAAAUUCUGAG